AUGCCGCAAACCACCACGAAGAAGCAGAAGAUGUCGCCGCAAACUCCGGCCAAUACUGCGAGGCCGCGUAGGAAACUGCUGCUUGCUGAUACAAUUGGGCAAUUACUGUUCCAGAAUCGGUCCUCAGCAAUUCCUCAUGAGAACGCAUUUAACAGCCACCUCUCGGCCUCGACAAGCGGGCCACUGCCGCGAUUGUCGCCCACGCCAACGCAUGUAUAUCAACCUCCCAGGCGCAGUUCUAGCAGCGCUAGCACGUCUUCUAACACACUCACGACCGAAUCCAAUAGAACAACACUUGAUGGCACUGGCGAUAUCUCAGCGGGAAGCGAACGGAGUAACUCCUCCAGCAGCCACAGCCCGUCAUCAUGCCGAAUUGUCAGCUUAAGUGGCACAGUCUCUGAGCAAGAUGUCGAACGACUUGCUACUAAGUACGGUCUUCCUUCUCAGAUGGGGCUGCUAGAUCCCAGCUAUCGUGUCUUCAUCAAUGACCAAGGCACGGCCGCGCUCUCCUUCAAGGUUCUCAACAAGGUCGCCGUCAUAAUGGGCGAUCCAAUGUGCGAACCAGCUCAAAUACCCAGUCUCCUCAAAGGCUUCAAGCACUACCGCCGGCGGAAACGCUGGGGCAUGUCUGUCCUCGGUGCCACCGGAGAGCUGGCUCAAUACGCAUCACUAAGCAAGAAAUGGACAAUGAUACAAUUCGGCAACAACAGAGCCUUCAAUCCAAUGACAAACGAUAUAAUCCACGAAACCGGCGGAAAACGUAUACUCACUCAGAACCGACAACUCCUCAAUCCCACCAAAGGCGGUAUCACUCUAGACAUCUACGCCCCGUCCCUCCACGGCACUGACUUCAAGCUGGAAGCCCAGCUUGUCGCAAUCUACGAUUCAUGGCGCGUCGCCCGUAACACCAGCGGCAAACUCCAGGCGUUUAUAACAGAAUACGACCCGUUCUUAAUGCCGUCGCUAAUGACAUACAUCUAUACUCGAGAUCCCACGGGGGCAAUCAACGGCUUCACGGCGCUGCGCUGGCUCGGCGCAAAGGGCGGCUACCACGUUGAUCCCUGCAUCGCUGCCCCUGGGGCGCGAAAGGGCAUCAGCGACCUUCUCCUCUUUGCAUCUAUGUCCUAUGCACGACAACUAGGUAUUUCGUAUCUAAGCGUCGGCUACGAACCUUCCGAGUCCCUUGGUGAAGUAUCCGGCAUGCCCGCUCCCAUUGCGCGCUUGACGGACCGGAUUUAUCGGUAUACAUAUCACCAUCUUACCUUUGGUGGGAAGAAGGCGUAUUUUGACAAGUUCAAACCAGACAGUAAACAGGAUUCUCCAGUUUAUGUGAUUUUUCCUUCCAGGAUUCCUGAACCGCGGCCUGUUGUUGCUGUUGCACAUGCGGCGAAUAUCAGUAUCAGACGGCUGUUAUUUGAUAAAGCGAAGAGUUGA